AUGAAUUCAAUAACUCACCAUUCUCACACUCCCCAGCCUCUCAAAAUGGCACGUUUUAAUCGGCGGGAACAGCUCCCACUCCAUAUCAAGUGCGCUAUUUGCACGCACCACGUCGAAAACCCCCGCCUGCGUCAUGUUGACCUGGCGAGGUGGUGUUACUCUCAUUACGGCUGGCGCCCUGAUCGCUCCACUGUCGGGCGCAUUUUGAAGAGCGCGGAGCGAUGGGCUGUCACGGCAACCGGUGACAACCAAGUGCGCCGUCGAGGUGGCGCAUGGCCUGAGCUGGAGCAGGCCAUGGCGCGGUGGAUUGCAAACGCGGGGCCCGCCGGCGUGCCGCUUACCCUGCAGACCAUCCGCGACCAUGUCGCGACCAUGGCGCGGAACAUGGGCAUCCCGCCCACAUUCUGCUGCUCCAUCAGCUGGGUGCGCCGUGCUUUGCGGCGGCAGGGGGUUCGGUGCUGUGCAGCACAAGGCGAGGCGGCUAGCGUGGACAUGGCCGCCGUGCGCGACGCCCGGGAGAAGCUUCCGCAACUCCUCACUCAUCUCGGCGUCACCCCGCGGGACACAUUCAACCUGGACAAGACCGCGCUAUGGCUCUCCGUGCUCCCUAGGCGCACGUACAGCAACGGCCGCAUACCAUGUCGCAAAGUUUCCAAGGACCGCCUGACCGUCGCAUACCUCGUAAAUGCGGACGGAAGCCACGUUUUCCGCCCGCUUGUGAUAAGCCGCAAGAUCGUAGUGUUGCUCGACAAUGCUAGCAGCCACAUGCUCAGGAGCCAGCACGCAUGGAGCGAGAUCGUCUGCGGCAUGCGGACUACGUGCAUGAGCAACGUGCGGCUCGUAUUCCUGCCGCCCAACACCACCGCAUUCACACAGCCGCUCGACCAAGGCAUCAUCGCCACCACCAAGGCCCGCUACCGCCAGCACUGGUUGCGGGCCUUUUCGGCUUUGUGGAACGCCGACGGCGCGACAAGCGCCGUCACGCGGUACCGCCCGAACCUGCGCGACGUCCUGGGGUGGUUUUCGGACGCGUGGACAUCCGUCGGUGCGCGCACCAUCCAGCGGUGCUGGUCCUUGGAGCUGCCACACGUUCACGACGACGAACCUGUCCCUCACUUCUAUCCUGACCUUGAGCUCGACGCCGACAUCGACGAUGUCGGCACGCUCAUCAGCGGGCUCGGCCUCGGGAACGGUGCGAUGACGGCCGCCGAGUACGUCGCCGUCGACGAUGGCGAGCCAACGUGCGCCGAAGGCGCUGCGGGAGAGCCCACCAUGGAGCCGGAGGCGGGCCUGGUGGUGGAGCUCUGGGAGGCGCCGACGACCAUGCAGGCCGUCUACGACGACGCCGACCCCGUUGGCCGCGAAGCCCGGCGCACUGCCCGGGCGGCAUGCGAGAUGCUCAUCGGAUAUGCUCGGGUCACCCGCAUCACGCCGCGCGAUCUCUGCCAUCUAUUUGAUAUCCGCAACCCCAUCAUUAUCGCUCGGAUGGAGCGGGCGAGCCCGUCAUUCAACCUCAACGUGGCCCCUCAGCCCGUCCCCACCCCCGACGCAACUCCCACGCCCGAGACCCCUCGUCUGCGCGGCCGUGUGCUGCCUGGCUGGAUGACCCAGCGGUCCCGCCGUCAGCAGCUGCUUGACGCCGGUGUGGGCGCCGUGAUGGACGGCUAUGUGGACGCGGCUGAAUGGAUGUGUCUGUGA